AUGCUAUCUUUGCUCCGCACAGGCGCCGCUUCCGCUCAACAGGCCGAAACCGCCGGCGCGCCGCUUCUCAUCCCGGCGUAUACGCCGUCCUCCGUUGCCGAACACCGCGCAUACCAAUCCGCGCCACUCCUCCGCCCGCCGCGGGGCAUCAUGCAGCCUUCCGAAGUCGUUCCCCUUAAUCCUCCCCCCCCGCCUGCUCAAUCCCCGGCGGAAAACCCAACGGCGCGCGCUCCCGCCGCAGAGCCUUCGUGCUCUCGCUCCCCUGCCAGCCGAGACAAUGCUCCCCCCGCCGCCGCCGGCGCAACUGCAUGCGCCGCGCGCGACUCCGCCGCGCCCAGCCGGACGCCCGCCGCCCCCAGCCGGGCGCCCGGCGACGCCUCCCCUACGUUCCGCGAGUUCAGCUACGCGGAGCUGCACGCGGCGACGGGGGGAUUUGCGCCUGCGCGCGUCAUUGGGGAGGGGGGGUUCGGAACGGUGUACCGCGGGCGGAUGGUGCUGCCUGCGGACGACGGCGCGAUGAGGGAGUGUGACGUGGCAGUGAAAAUGAUGAAAGACGAGCAAUUCAUUGAUCAAGAGCUCAAGUCCUUCAAGGCUGAGGUGGCAGCCAUGUCAGCGCUGAAACAUUCCAACAUUGUGAAGUUGCAAGGCGUGGCGUUUGACACGGAACAGAGUCCACUUCUCGUGUAUGAGUACAUACCCGGAGGCGACGUUACGAAUCUUCUCAAACGAGUCCGCAGGAACGAAGAUCAGUUUCCGUGGAAGGAGCGUGUGAUGGUUGCGCUGGGGUGUGCCGAGGCGCUAGCUUACAGUCAUAAAAAGGGGAUCAUUCACCGCGAUUUCAAGUCGUCAAAUGUGCUUCUGCGCGAGGAUCGCUCGCCUGUCGUGGCUGACUUUGAUUUGGCUCGUUCAAUGGAGGACUCAAAAACACACGUGUGGACAGGGGUGGCAGGCACGUGGGUCUACAUCGACCCGGCCUAUUUUCAGACGGGCAAAUUAUACCCGAAAUCUGACACCUACUCGUUUGGUGUGUUUCUUUUGGAGCUAGUGUUCGGCUACCCUCCCCACGAAGAGGAGUACAAAGCCACAUUCCCCAUGUUGGAUGCACGCCCUGAAAUGAGGGAAGUAGUAGGGGAACUUCGGAGAAUUUGGAGCGAAAUUGAAAGGUGA